GCCCUCAGGGAGCAGAUGUCUGGGUACAAGCGCAUGCGGCGUCAGCACCAGAAGCAGCUGAUGGGUCUGGAGAACAAGCUGAAGGCCGAGAUGGACGAGCACCAACUGAGACUGGACAAGGAGCUGGAGACCCAGAGGAACAGCUUCUCUGGAGAGGGAGACAAGCUGAGCAAGAAGCACCUGGCCAUCCUGGAGAAGGAGACCAAGGCGGCACUGGCGGAGGAGAAGAAGUUCCAGCAGCACAUCCUGGCCCAGCAGAAGAAGGAGCUGAGCAGCCUGCUGGACAACCACAAACGCCUGUACCGCCAGCGCAAGGAGCAGCUCAAGGAGGAGCUGAGUGAGAACCAGUCGACCCCCAAGCGUGAGAAGCAGGAGUGGCUGGUGCACCAGAAGGAGUGUCUGCAGCAGCUGCAGGCGGAGGAGGAGGCGGGGUUGCUACGGAGACAGAGGCAGUACUACGAGCUGCAGAGCCGACAGUACAAAAGGAAGAUGCUGCUGGCCAGACAGAACCUGGAGCAGGACCUGCUGAGAGAGGACCUGAACAAGAAGCAGACCCUGAAGGACCUGGAGUGUGCCAUGCUCCUGCGGCACCACGAGUCCACCCAGGAGCUGCAGGCGCGCCAGCUGGCCUCGGUGCAGCGCACACGGGCCGAGCUCAUCCGCACGCAGCACCAGACUGAGCUCACCAACCAGAUGGAGUACAACAAGCGGCGCGAGCACGAACUCAGACAGAAACACGCCGUGGAAGUCCGCCAGCAGCCCAAGAGUCUCAAAUCCAAGGAGCUGCAGAUCAAGCGUCAGUUCCAGGACACGUGUAAGAUCCAGACCAGGCAGUACAAGGCCCUGAGGAACCACCUGCUGGAGAGCACUCCCAAGGCCGACCACAAGGGGGUGCUGAAGAGGCUGAAGGAGGAGCAGACAAGGAAGUUGGCCAUCCUGGCCGAGCAGUACGACCACUCAAUCAACGACAUGCUGUCCACGCAGGCGUUGCGAUUGGACGAGACCCAGGAAGCAGAGUACCAGGUGCUGCGGAUGCAGCUGCAGCAGGAGCUGGAACUGCUGAACGCCUAUCAGAGCAAGAUCAAGAUCCACACCGACUCCCAGCAUGAUAGGGAGGCCAGGGACCUGGAGCAGAGAGUGUCCAUCCGCCGGGCGCUGCUGGAGCAGAGGAUCGAGGAGGAGAUGCUGUCCCUGCAGAACGAGCGCUCUGAGAGGAUCCGCACCCUGCUGGAGCGGCAGGCCUGUGAGAUCGAGAGCUUCGACUCUGAGAGCAUGCGUCUGGGCUUCAGCAACAUGGCGCUCACUGGCAUCCCCAGCGAGGCCUACCCCAAGCAGGGCUACGGCCCCCCGGGUCCCCCCGGCCCCCCGCUCCGCCAGUCACUGGAGCCAUGGGGGCCAUGCCCCCAACGCCCCCGCCUCCAGCCAGCCCCACUCCCCGCCCGCAGCGGGGGGAGCAGGGGGGAGGCUCCUCACACGGCGUGGGCGUGAUGGGGGAGGGAGGGG